UUCACAAUUACGUUUGGGAUAUACGAUGAUCUUGAAUUAAUUAAAAUAUAUGAUUCACGUGAUAUAACUAUUUGGUAAAUAAAAAUAAAAGGAUUUUCCGCCACGAUAACGUAUCCUGGGUACAAAAAGCAUGACAUGACGACUAACAUUUAGACUAUGAGCGCACUCGACAACUUUCAUCAUUGCCAGUAUUCAGUGUCGCUCAUAAACGAAAGUACAAAAAAUGGAAGAUCGAAAAUCGAAGAUUGAGGCAAUAUUUUUUGAUCUGGAUAAUACUCUCAUACAAACCAGAAAAGCUGAUGAAAAAACUUGUGAUAAGAUAAAGGAAAUUCUAAUCAAGCAGUAUUCUGUAUCCCUAGAAAAAUCAAUUAAAAUUUGCAAGAGAUAUUUAAAAAUGUUCAGACAGUGUCCAGAGAACACAGCAAUGGAUCUUCACGAAUGGAGAAUAUUGUUAUGGAAAGAUGCACUUGGUGACAACUAUAUACAUCUAUCAAAUGAGAUUUAUCAACACUGGCUUGAUCUAAGGUACAAAUAUUUGUCCAUAGCCCCUGAAAUAAGAAAUUUGCUUCAAACACUUAGUGAUCAAUAUAUUCUCGCUUUAAUUACAAAUGGAACAUCAAAUGCUCAAUGGGAAAAAGUCGACAAACUGAAUAUUCGGUCCUUCUUCGACCUGAUACUGGUCUCCGGUGAUCUUCCUUGGGAAAAACCUAAUUCCCAAAUAUUUCUCGAAGCGUGCCAUCAUCUAAGUAUUGAACCACAUCAAGUAGUUAUGGUUGGUGACAAGUUGGAGACCGAUAUUUUAGGCAGCAUCAACUCAAAGCUUGCCGCAAGUAUCUGGUUACCAUUAAAUAACGAGAAACUAUCGACGCAUGCACCCAAACCAGACUUUAUUAUAAAAGAAAUUUUAGAUUUACAUAAUCUAAUGUCCAAAAUAAAUAUAAUAAAACAAGGAUUUACCUUACAGUUCUGUGAUGUCGAAGACUCUAGUAGUAAUAGCAGCGAUGGUAGCUAGCAGCCGCUAAUAAUAAUAAUGAGGUGCUACUAUAGUAUGCGGUCUACCCCGAGGAUGCGGUCUAUAUGUGCAUAUAGAUCUAUUAGAGUGUACGGUGUACCGAUCGCAAUCUGAAAAUUCCUGAAGAAUUUGCGCAAAAUAAUGAAAUGCAAGAAAACUCUUGUAGAAAAAAAUAUUUAUUCUCUGGUAAUAAACAUUUGGAGGAAAAUAAAUGUAAAAUGAAAGGGAACUAACAAUUUACGUAAAAAAUGCACCCCAACUAUUAAAAAAAAAAUAUAUGUAACCUAAUUAUUUACAAAACGAUACAGCCUAAUUAUUAUUAAAGAAAAAAUUCAUGCACUUAUAUUUACUAGAGAAAGGCAGUCAAUGAUUCUAGCUUAAAAAUAUAAGAAAUAAAUUUAUUGUAUAUUUCUGAAAAUAUUUAUUACUACUUAGCAAUAAACAUUUUGCCUACAAACAGUUUGUUGCCUUUCAUUAUUGUGUGCAAACACUUCUGAGAAAAGAUUAGGGUGUUGUUUAGUCGUAUAGGUAGACCGCAAGCUAAAACAGAAACGCUAUGGUAGACCGCAUACUAUAGUGGCAUCAUUAACGAUCUACACCUGAAUGAUGUUAUGUUCCUUUUAUGACUGACGGGUUUUUUAAGUUGUUAUUAAGUUAUGAUUAGUGUGGAUAGGGAUACAAUAUUUUUAGAAGCAAUUUGAAUAUAUCAGUUGUUAAUUAUAUACGAUUUUAUCGAGAUCAGUCGAUAGGAUUGAAAAAAGUUGCAAAUUUGAUAAAGUUGUGAUAUAAUAUAAAUACUGUAAUUUAGUUAUUUUUAAAUUUUAACCAAAUAUUUAUUAUUAAUAUUUACUAACCACGUCACAACUGUUUUGGUGGAAAAAUGAUCACGUCAUAUUUUAUGCCUUUCGCACGCUUUUUCUUAGUUUUGAAUACACACUCACCGGCACAAUUAAUCGCCCACCUUGUAUUUCUUUCAAUUUGUAGAAAUUGUCAAUCUUACCAACUAUAUUGUCACCAUACUUUAUAAAAGAUACGGUAAAAAUUACCUUUGAGGAAAAGAAAACAAUAAAAUAUUGAAAAAAAAAAUCGUUUAUCAAGGGAUGCUUAGCAAAAAUCGAAUGUUUAAAAAUCUUCGAAGAAAAUUCAAACAAAUAUAAUUUUAUAAAUCAUAAUCUAAUAAAAAAAAAAAUGAUGAUCAAUAAUGGAUGUUUCUGCCUCUGGCCCUUAGGAUUUUUUGGAUCUGGUUCGGCAAUUCAUUCAUGAUCAGGGUCGUAACUACCAUUGGGGCAACCGAGGCAGUGGCCCCGCAGGGGCUCUCGUUUGGUUGGUCGUGCAUAGAUUUUAACGAGGAAAAUAAAAAUAUGUAUUUUAAAAGCCGAUCCCAACGAAAUAGUUUCAAAUGACACAGUUUUAAAAAGACCUUACAGAUGCACCCUAGACCUCAACAUAAAAUUGAGGGGGCUAAGCUGGGGCCCCCGAGACUAUAACAUAAAAAUUUAAAUUAUUAUCUAGGAAAUUAGCUAUUUUGGCGCAAUAAAACCUAAAAUGCCAUUGGAAGAGGAGGCCCGGGCUAAGCUAUGGCCCCCGAGACCUUUCGUAAAGAUAUAAAUUGUUACUGAGAAAAUUAGUCAUUUUGGCGAAAUAAAAACUAAAAUGCAACCGGAAUAUGGGGCCCCCGUUCCAGCUAUAGGUAUUGCCUUAACCAAUUUACCCCAGGCCACAUAUUGGUACGUGAAAGGAACCACAUUGUAGCCGAGUACUUGCAUAAAACAGAUAAGAUGGUACUUGCAAAAUUAUUGAACUUAAAAUAGGGUGAUUUCAAAAUUUUUUGUGUUGGUCAACUAAAAUAGCAAUAUGUAGCUACAAGAAACUUCAGUCAUGAAAUGCAUUAAAAUGAGUUUCAAGGGGUUAAAUAUCAAGCAUUUUUCCGGACCCCCCCCCAUUCCGCUGGGGGAUAAACCCCAGACCCCACGGUAGGGGCCCCCAGAUCACGUCUGCCCCGAGGCCUCCAACAUCGUAGUUACUGCCCUGUUCAUGAUAUAUACUACACACCCGAUUGGGGAAUAUUGUGCCACUUUUAAGGAUGUAAGGGCUGCUACCCUUGCCCUUACCCGAUUUUUGAGGUUGCCCACAUGUGUUCAAUUGGGUUAAGAUCGGGAAAUCCCGACCUCAUUAAGAUAUUCACGGGGAAUCUUGCGGUAUGAUUGGCAACUUUUAUUGUCGUAUAUUAAUCUAAAGUUUUCACCCAUCAACGGUGAGAAAAGCAGUACAUGGUCUUGGAGAACUUCUUCCACAUAUUAUACAAUAAGUCAAUUAACAUUCUAUUAAAGUACAACAUAUCUAAUCAGCUAGCUAAUAAAUAUAAUUAUCUAUCUAAUCAGCCAUAAACAUGCUUGGCUCUACAUUAGUGUUCUUUAAUUUCGCCUCCUUCUAUUCACUCUAAUUUGAAUCCAACUUAUUUAUAUCUUUCUAUAAUUUGCAUCGAACAAUUAUCUUGUUUCAUCGAACGCCAUUUUAUAUUUCAGUGUAUAACCAGUGAAUUUUUACUAUCAUUUUUAUUCUGAUCUAAUACUAUUUUUAAUAUAAAAUACUGAAAAAUCAUGUUUGUCUUUAGUUCCCUCGCUUUAGCUAUUUUUCAGUAUUAUGUUUUGUAAGAUUAGAUAUUUCGUAGAAUAGGUCGAUUGAUUGCUAAAUCAAUCAAAGAAUACUGAUCAAAGAGUCUAUAUUACGUAAGAUGUAAAUUUAAACAAUGUAGCUAUCUAUAUGGCUGUUUUUUUGUUUAGCUUGAUUUUUUUAUUUAUUUUUUAACUAAUGUACUCCGAUACAUAAUCUGUUAGAUAAUAUCCAUUAUGUCCAUUUAUGUCUAUGCCUAAAAUGUUUCAAUCAAUUUGUUGUAAAUUAUCCGUCAUCCCACAUAACAAUUUCAUGUUCUUAGUAGAUUCAUAGAAUAUACUUUUCAGAAAAAGUAUAUAAUGAGAAUAUGCGUAAUUACCAUUGCGAAUGUGCAGAGCAGAUACUGAGUAUAUACUAUAUUACAGUACUUAAACGUUCUAUGUAUAUAAUCAGAAUGUACUACCGCACUUCUUUUCAGUAUACCUAUACCAAGAAUAUACUUUUUAAAACAUUCAAAUGAAGUGUUAUAAACCUUCUAUUUAUAAAAAGAACGUACUACCGCACAUUUUUUUAGUAUACCAAGAACGUACUUUUUAGAAUAUUCCAAGGAAGUGCCAUAAACCUUCUAUUUAUAUACUUAGAACGUACUGCCGCACAUCUCUGUAUGGGAAGAAAAUAUUUUUAAGAAUAUUCUAAGAGCGUGCUAUCAAGUGCUAUAUUGUUCAGAAGUAUGUUUUCGACAUCAUCUAAUCUCAUCUUAGGUUCUACUGGUUCUACCAAAUACCUAUUAUAUUUACAUAUUCUAAUUGCAUAUGAGAAUGGUCUCAUCUUAGGUUCUACUGGUUCUACCAAAUACCUAUUAUAUUUACAUAUUCUAAUUGCAUAUGAGAAUGUAGUUAGUACCUACAUUCUACAAUAUUACUUUAAAAAGUAAGUACAUAUUUAUAAAUUUUAGUUAUUUAUAUAAAUUAUUAUAUAAUAUUUAGCUAAACUAAACUAUGUAUAAGUACCUAACUAAAAUGUAUAUACUUAAUAUGUACUUACCUAGAUACCUACUAUUUACCAAAAUAGAUUAUAUUUUGAAGCACCGCAAACAAAAUAAAAAGAAUAUGUAUGUUCUUUAGUCCUAGUACUUUAUCAUUUGUCUUCAUCCUUAACACUGCAUAGAUACAGAUACAAAUAAUGUUUGUUUUCGUUUUCAUAUUUUACCGUUGUUUCCUCUCUCUAAUCCUUAUUUAUUCAGGUAGGAAAAGACUGACCGUGUGGCCGUUUGCAGUUUGGUCACCAAACAACAUCGGUGCAUCGGUGGUUAGUGUUGCCAAACGGAGGGAAAUUUCCCUUUUUGCGGGAAUUUUCAACAUAAAUGAUGAUAAAGGGAAAAAGUUAACUCAAAAGGGCAUUUUUGCUCCAGUUAAAAUUGUAUAAUAUUAAAAAAAGUAUUUGAAAAUAAUCAAACAUAUCUUCUGAUUUUGUAAACAGGAGGGAAUUUUUUUAUAAAAGUGGGAAUUUUUAAGGUACGUUGACGGAAAAAGCUUACUCGACGGUUAACAGCACCAGUCUUUGGUUGUGGAUUUUGGCACAUUUUGGUGCUGGAAUGGCCCAUAUUGAAUUGAAUGUACCUAAAUUCAAAUUCCAACGAUGUAAAAAUACUCAUGAUAAACUCGAAAUGGUAAAGUCAUUUCAAUUAUGAAAACGAAUUUUUAAUAAUAAACGUUAAUACAAUUAAUGUUUAAACUUUUUUACCAUACAACAAUUUUGAAAUGAAAUUAGUCCAAUACUACCUACAUACAUAAAUUUUAUUAAUUAUUCUAAAAAAUAACGAAGUUGAUAAUCUAUAAGGCUAAUAUUACACUUCCUAUACAUACAUAUUAUUUUUGAGGUAUUUUAAAAGUAUCUACUUAUAAGUAUGUGUUAAGAAUAUUCGAUAAAGGUAUAUUCUAAGAAUAAACUUUUACGAAUAUUCCGAGAUACUACGUACACGAAUGUGCUCAGUAUAUUCGGUACGAGAAUAUUCUUUGAAGUAUAUGCAAAAAACAUGAAAUUUAGAAUGUUUUUUAAGGUAAGUACAUACUAUGCUUGUACUGCGCAUAUACUAAAAAGAAUAUACUCCGACGAAUGUUGGUAGUAUAUGCUUUGAACAUGAUGCGAACAUCAUUGUUAUGUGGGAUAUCCUUACAUUUACAUAAAAAGUUUCAAUACCAUCAAUUAGAAAAGUUUUCCCUCUUUAGAUAUUUAUCUAACGUAUAUCCUAAAAGUUUUGGCAAAAAAUAUUUAUCGAUUUUUUUUUGUUAAUGAAGAAAUUUAUUUAAACACUAAUUAGUUAUCAUAAAUUAGAACUUAAUGCUUAACUAAACUAUACUAUCAAAUCGUCGCCUUAAUACUAUAACUUGAUAAGUCUAAAUUAGUAGUUCUGAGAUAAACGGGUUUAAAUAUUUUAAAGAUAUUUGUGCUGCUACCAUGAUGUUGGUAAAUACGGAAUUCACUCUUCAGCUCUAAAAUACUAUUCCUUAACUUUUUGGCUACUGAUCUAUUUAGGAAUACGGUGCAAAUUUGUUUUCCAAUAUGGAAAAUAACAUGAAAAAUUAAAGUUAUCAACUUUUAGCACUACCAUAAUGUUAACAUUUGGUAAUGUCGCAUGUCUUGCCAAGUUGCAUCUAAGGAACUUUUUAACAAAACUAAUAUUUUAAGCAUUAUUUUUAUGAAAAUUAGCCCUCUGCCAUGGGGGUUGCCAGAUCUGCUAACAAUUCUCCAAUUUUUGCAUUAACAUGAACCGAAUAAACAGAUAGCAAUUUCGUGGUAAGCUCAAUGGUUUCAGAAAAACACGUGCUACAACUAGAUAACUAGAGUUAGCUAGUUGUAGUAUUCAGUGUAUGUCGUAUUCACGAUUAUUUCGAUUAAACAUUGACUUGAUAACUUUUGUUGUCAAGUUUUAGCACUGAAUAUUAGGGGCAUUUGAGUUUUAUCAACUUUCGUCAAUCAUACAUAAAUACUUAACCCGUUUGGAGCGAGUUAUCAAGUUUUUACACAAUAUGGAGGCAAAUAAAAUACAUCUUGUGAACUAGUUAUCUCAAAAACGUCAAUUUUGGAGUUAUCAAGUUAUAGUAGGUACCUACUAAGGCGAGGAAAUUAUGUGGAGUAGCCCAUUCUUCUCUAGGUACUAAACGCAAAUUUCUACGAAUGUCUUUCGUGAUAUCCUCGGCGGAAUUCAUGUCAAUUUCUCUUAGUUAGUGUAAAUUCGCUGUCUUAAUGGUUCUUCAUCUUGGGCUUCCCAGCAUUCAUGACAAACUUUCCUAUACAGUAAAGCCCAAAAAUUUUCUAUUGGACCAGCCUGCGGCAAGUUUGGGGGAUUAACGUUUUGGGAACAAAGGGUAUUUGAUGUUGUAUAGAAGCCAGUUUUGGGUAUCUCAUGAGUAUGAUGCUAGGUCUGAAGGAGUUGCGCUUGAGAUAAUUUGAGACACUUACGUCUCUUUCAAUAUUUAAGACCAUUUUUGCUCAAUUUCAAUGAUAUCGUACUUUUAGAAAAUCUGUAUUGACGAGCCAAUCGUCUAGUUUCCAUUCCAAGCUGUUUUUUGCUCUUCUCAUCAACCUCUCUGACUUCAGUGCAGUAAAUUCACGUGGUCUUCUACAUUUUUGUUGAUUCAGCCAUGGCAUUGCCUGCUUGUACUCCGUUAUUGUUUAUAAAUGGUUCUGCGUGAAUUGUUUUCAUUCUGAGAUAUUCGACAGAUUUCAGCUUUGAGUUCCGCCCAAACAACCUAUAAAUACUUUUUCUUAUUUGCAAUUUAUACUACAUCUUAAAGCGAAAACUUCAAAAUAAAUAAAUCUUAACUGACAGUAGACAAUAAGUUUGUUCUAGCAUGUAGUUUUGUAUGGUUUGACACCAGAUUAUUGUACUGCUUUACUGCGCAUGUUCAAUUCACAACCUAAAUAGUAACAAACUAUUUUUUGCUAAAAUAACACUAUCUGCUGUUUUUUAGAACGCUUUUUUAUCGGAAUAAAUACCAACUUCAAACUGUUUGUUUUUAUUUAUACUUUUUAGAUUAGAUUAGAAACACAUUUUUCUUACAAGUUUCCAAAUUUUCAAGAUUUAUGCUAAAUAUUGAAAAUUGAUGUUAUAAACGUAAAUAAUGGCAAGUAACACAGUCAAAAGGUAUUAUUUUAAUGUAAAAUUUGUAAACGUCAAACAAAGAAUUACACUGCGCAACUCGCAAACUGAAAAGCCGAACAAAAUCCUCAAAAUUUUUUGACCGUUUUAAGCCAGUUUCCAAAUCAAAAUUUACUUUUGUUAGAACGCUCGACUAGUAGUUUCAAACUAGUAAUUUGUGUGCUUGAACGCCAUUAAACAAAUUCGCAUGUUUCUGAUAGUUUCAAAUCGUUUGAAACUGAUGCUAGAACAAACCUAAUAGGUCUAGCAUCAGUUUCAAACGGUUUGAAACUAUAAGAAGCAUGCGUAUUUGUUUGACGGCGUUCAAGAACUCAAAUUACUAGUUUGAAACUACUAGUCGAGCGUUCUAACGAAAGUAAAUUUUGGUUUGGAAACUGGCUUCACGGUCAAAAGAGUUUGCGAAUUUUGUUCGAAUUUUCAGUAUGUGACUUGCGCAGUGGAAUUAUUUGUUUGAGGUUUAUAAAUUUUAAAUGAAAGUAAUAUGUUUUGAUCUGGAACAUGGAACAAGUGGAACAAGAUCAGAAAACACUUGAGAUUACCCACUGGAAGAACAAAGCAAGGAACAGAACAGAAUGGCGGAAAAUCCAGAACAAGCCAGGACCCAAAAAGGGUUGUCGAGCUACUGAUGAUGAUGAUAUGUUUUGACCACAGGUAUUACUUACCUACCAUUAUUUACGCUUUUAACAUUAAUUUUCAAUAUUUAGCAUACAUCUCAAAAAUUUGGAUAGGUGCUUAUAAGAAAAAUGUAUUUCUAAUCUAACCUUAAAAUUAUAAAUAAAAACGAACAAUUUGACGUUGGUAUUUAUUCCGAUAAAAAAGCGUUCUAGCAAAAAACAGUUUGUUGCCAGUUUGUGGAUAAUAGGGCUUUUCAGCGAUUCUCAUUUCUUUCGAGCUUCUGUCAUAUGUCUUAUAAUCCGUGUAUAAUAUUAAUAUUAUAUAACAUAUUAUACAACAUAGGUAGGACAGAAGCUCGAAACAAAGGAGUAUCGUUGAAAAGCCCAAUUAAACAUGCGUACUAAAGCAAUACAAUAAUCUGGUGUCAAACCAUACAAAACUAAAUGCUAGAGCAAACCUAAUGUAAACAAGAUUUUGUUUCCAAACCAAAGUUGAUAUUAUUUUGUUUUCAUUAAAAUUAAAGCCAAUGAAUUUUGUGCCAAAACUUUUAGGACAUACGUUAUCGCAAUAUUUUCAUUUUGCAUAUAAUACACGAUAGCAGUCUUCAUUUUUUUUUAACGGAAACCAGAAUAUAACUUUUCUUUCCUUCCAUAAUACUGUUUACAAAAACAAGAAAACAUUUUUUCAAUGAAAAUUAUGCAGUAUCAACAACCAAAAAAAUACUAGCAGUAUUAAAUAACACAAAUUUUCAUUAAUAUUUUAAAGUAGACUGAGGAAUUACUAUAGGUAUUACUUGUAGUAAAAUAUACAAUAUACCUACCAGUUUUGUUUCUGUUUUUGAGAAUUAGAUUGAAAUGUCACAGACACUUGAUAUUUUUCUUCAGAUUCUUUUGAGUAUAUGAGAUCACCCUUACCGCAUCAAGAAGCGUCAUAUAUGUUUCACUGUUGUAAUAAUCAUAAUAAGUUUGAGCUUUUUUACGCCGUUUCAGCGCUUCUUCUUCACUUUUACAACGGGCUUUUUUUUCCUAAAGCACUUUAUCUUACAUAAAGAAAAAUCGUUUUUGACUGUCUCGAUAAGUCUGUUUUAGAUCUUUAUAACAUGGGCAGUUGUGUUUGUUAUCGUAGUGAGAUAAGUAUAUUAAUUGUGUAUAAUUGAAUAUUAGAAUCGAAAUUUAUUUUUAUAAGAUCUUACAGUUUUUAAGUAGAAAUUAUACAAUGUGCGCCUUUUAUGUGUUUUAUCAAUUAGAACUUAGAAUUUAGUUAGAAUCCAAAUGAAACAAAAUGUAAGCAACAUUUUUUUAAAAUUAAAUUUAUAAAUAAAG